UUCACCAACAAUGAUUCAGCUAAUCUAAUUUCUUCUCAGCUGCUGUGGUUCUGUAACGUUUAACCAGGCUUUGAUGUUGUUGUUUUUUUUUUUGUAUGAAAAUGUGUUUUAGUCUACACAACAAGUUUUCAGAUAAUCUAAAAGAGUGUUACCCAUUGCUUCAGAAGGUUAUACUAAAUUCAUGAUCCAGAGGCCUGCUUAUUCAACUUUAAAUAAAAGACUAUGGUGAACUGUUUAAGGACCUGCUGAAAAGUGAUCUUGUUUUAAAGGAGUCAUGUAAAGCUCUGUGCUUUGGUUUUAACAAUUUACCAUUUAAAGCUGAAAGACAGUUGUGUUAUCGAAACAUAUGGUCAUUGCCAGCAUUUUGUAAACUAAGAGUUGAUGGGACUAGGCGACUCACGGCUGACUCCCAGAAUGAGUGGUAGUGAUCAGGAAUCCGAUCCAUCAGAGCCUCAUAGAGUGCUCCAGCCGGCCAGUGGUCAAGAAGAUGCGGAACCAGACCUACCCUCCAUAGUGGCUUAUCUCAUACGAAGUGGUCAAAUACGUUUCAUCACACAAGAUACCGGUGGCUCGGACAGUGAAGGAGAAUCUGAGAAUGAGGUCGUUGACCCCAGCCCUUUAGCUUCUGUUGUUGAUGCUAACCCGAGUAACAAAAAAAUAAUGGAAAGUGAUAUAUAUGCAUUAGUUAUGCAAUCUUCAGGACGUUGGACAGACAAAAAAUGGUUGUCCAAAUUUUCUCCUACAGUUCCCAACUUUAUAGCCCAGCGACAGCUUGGCUUGAAGCGCCAGUGCCAGUUCACACAUGGUGACAGAUGUGUUUUGAACUCCAGGUUCCUCCCCUGUUGUGACUUGGAAAUAGCCUCGUACCACCGUAAAAAAGCUUUUUGUGGUAUUUAUUCAGAAAACGGUGAUGUCUUUCUCUCAGCGUGUCAAGAUCAGUUUAUCAGAGUUUAUGACACUCGCAAAGAAAAUUUCAAGUUGAUUAAGACCAUCAAGGCUAGAGAUGUGGGCUGGAGUGUAUUAGAUACAGCAUUCAGUCCUGAUGGCUUAUAUGCUGCAUACUCAAGCUGGUCAGACUGCAUCCACCUCUGCAGCAUCUAUGAGGAUGAUGACAAACACGAGGCCUUACACUUUGACCCUGGGGACCACAGUUUUUGUAUCUUCUCACUCAUGUUUUCCUCUGAUAAUAAAGAAAUUCUAGGAGGUGCCAAUGACGGACAUUUGUAUGUAUAUGAUAGGGAGUCUAAUCAGAGGACACUCAAGAUCAAAGCUCAUGACGAUGACGUCAACACUGUCAGGUUUGCUGACGCCAGCUCACAGAUCAUGUACAGCGGAGGGGAUGACGGCUUGUGUAAGGUGUGGGAUAGAAGAACUUUGAGAGAGGAGAGACCAGUACCUGUAGGUAUAAUGGCUGGACAUUGUGAUGGUAUCACAUACAUUGAUACAAAGGGAGAUGCCAGAUUUUUUGUUUCCAACUCUAAAGAUCAGACUAUGAAACUCUGGGACGUCAGAUGUUUUUCUAACCAAGAAGGGAUUGAGGCAACAAAAAAAGUUGUCUCUUCCCAACAAUGGGACUACCGCUGGCAGAAAGCUCCUAGAAGGAUGACCAAGAAACGAGAUCUGGAAGGAGACACAUCGGUCAUGACCUAUAGGGGUCACUGUGUUCUUCAUACAUUGAUCCGCUGUAAGUUUUCACCAGAGGCCAGUACAGGGCAAAGAUACAUUUACACUGGAUGUGCUACCGGCAGUGUUGUUGUGUAUGAUAUUCUAACUGGGAAAAUAGUGAGAAAACUGAAUGGACACUCAUCCUGUGUUCGUGAUGUAUCCUGGCACCCAUAUAAAAACAACAUCAUCAGCACAUCAUGGGAUGGAACACUUCGCUUGUGGUAUUAUAAUGAUAACAAUGCCUACACUUUGGAAGAUUGUGAAAAAAGAGUAAAACACAGUGACUGUUCUACGAAAAAAACAGCCAAGGUAAAGAAAACGAAAAGAAAUUCUUUUCCAACACUGUAUAAUUAAAAACCCAGAGCAAUGUAUAUUUAUGUGUAUUUCUAAAUAAAAUAAAUAUAUACAUAGUAUACAUAUGUACAAAAUUAAAGUGAAAGAAUAAUUUCAUUGCAAUGUACAUGGAAAAUGUUAUUUUACUAUGGUAAUGGUUAAUGAAUGUUAUUUUGCUUGUAUUGUGCCUCUUGAAUCAAUGAAUGUCACAAUUUAUUGGUUUACAUGAGAAAGAUAGUUUCUUUAGGAUUGUGGGUAAUCAUUCAUUCUAGCAUGGUUGAUUUUUAUUCAGUUUAAACCAUCCUUAUAGCUGCCAGAUAUUUUUCUUUUUAGACCCAUAAUUUUAGACCUUACUGAUUAAUAUUUGGGUUUUUAUUGUAAUCAGAUAUCUAUAAACUACCACAAGUAUUUUGGCCAAAUCAUUAGCUAUUGGUCUCUAUCAGGCAGUUUUUACCCAACUAGUAAUCAUUAGCCUGCAUGGCUAUUUUAGCCUACCGAGCAAUUAUUAGCCACCUCUGCUAAUUAUAUAAGCCUACCUAGCAUUCAUCAAAACCACCCAGGCAAUUUAGCCUAACUUGAUUACCAUUAGCCAACCUGGGUAUUUUAGCCUACCCAGCAAUCAUCACCUGGCUAUUGAUACAUGCCUUGUAUCAUGUCACAACCAGCACUAAUUAACCUUAUGCUCUAAUUAACGCUCCCUACUGCAAACAUACUUACCACAAGUUCCUGCUUCUGUCAAAUGUUACUGAGGUAUAUGACUGAGCAGUUGUUUUUUUUUUUUUACAAAUUAAAGUUGAACACCUUAAAUGAGUUUUUAUUUGAAUUAUACUGAAUUCUGCUCAACACUCCUGGUUAAGAGCUGUCUUUCUAGGGUAAAAUAGGUGAUAUGUUGGAUUAGAUCCCAUUAUGACUAGCACCUUUGUUGUGGUAGCCAAGUGUUUUAACAGCAAAAUAUGUGUGUAAGUAUGUAUAUAUAUAUAUAUAUAUAUAUAUAUAUAUAUAUAUAUAUAUAUAUAUAUAUAUAUAUAUAUAUAUAUAUAUAUAUAUAUACAUAUACAUAUAUAUAUACAUAUACAUAUAUACAUACAUAUAUACACACACACAUACAUACAUACAUAUUUGUUCACAUUUGUGUGUGAAAAUUUUAAAUACAGACAGUAAUUACUCAAGACAAAAGUUCUAUAUAAAUUGUAAAUAGUCAGAUUAUUUUAUUAAUUUAAAAUUUCAAUGUGGUAAGGUGUGUUAUAAAUUUUAAUAUUUAAUUGAUAUGCUGUGAUUCAGUAUUGAAGUUAUUAUUUAUCUCGACAGAAGCAAAAAUUAAUUUUAUUGUUUUGUAGCUUAUUUAAAAGAUUUUUUUUUUCAGAUCCAGAUUUUUUAGUUAGGGUUAGGAAUAUCGUGUAUCUGAAUAAAGACUUCAUACAUGGAUCAUAAUGAAUAUGAGAUUUUUGUAGUUAGAUAAGCUUUUAACUAAUACAUAUUAUAUUGUAUAUGAUAUUAACUUUUCUUUUUAUUAUAUUCAAGGGAGGUAAGAGGUAAAGACAGUUCACAUUUCUUGAUUGUUAAGUUACAUCAAUAUAAGUUAGCAAAGAUGCUAAUGAAAUGUAUGUAUAUU